CUCUACAUUCAUGGAGACCCCUUUCUCAACUGUCAUCCAAUACCUCUUUUCAAUCCUCCAUUAAUGCCUUUUUCCUCUUCCUGCUUCCAUUGUCCACUUCUACACCUGUAUAUUAUAUGUGCAUAUAUAUAUAUAUAUAUAUAUAAUUACCCUUGACACAAAUCAUUCUCUCCUAUCAAAAACAGCACGAACCCAUUUCACAAAAUCCUGAAAAAAUGAACCCCAUUAAAAGUUUUAUGCUUUCCAUCUUGCUCCUCGCUCUCGCAGCUUCGUUUUGCUACUCUGCCCGACCCGAAUCCGCCGGAACCUUCUAUGCUGAACUCAAACACUCCAAGGGCAAACCCAGCGACCAGAACAACAAAGGUGGUGGUGGAGAUGAUGCUGGUGGCGGAGCACCCGGUGUUUUCGGACCCGGAGGUGGGUUUGGGAUACCCGGAUUUGGAAAGGGAUUUGGGAGUGGUAUCAUAGGUGGCGGGUACGGAAGUGGGUAUGGAGGUCCGAAUGGAGGGUACUCGAAAGGGGGUGUGAUUAGGCCGACGGUGGUGUGCAAAGAGAAAGGCCCGUGUUACCAGAAGAAGCUGACGUGUCCGGCCAAGUGUUUCACUUCCUAUAGCCGGUCAGGGAAAGGGUACGGAUCCGGUGGCGGUGGCGGUGGGUGCACCAUGGAUUGCAAGAAGAAGUGUGUCGCUUAUUGUUGAAAUGGCAAAUAGUGACCCACAUGGAAGCCAGUAGCCGAUAAUAGUUUCUAUAAUUAGUAGGUACAAAAUAUGCGAUGCGAUGCGAUGCGAGCAGAGCAGUUUUUUACGUAGAAUGAUAAUAUGUAAUGUAUAUUAGGUUAAUAUGGUUGUAAAAGAGUUUCUAUAACUCUUUUUGAGUUUAGUAUGCCUCUGGCUUAUCCUUUUUCUGGUUGAAAUAAGCUUAUGCCUCUUAUCUUAGUUAAUGUUACAGUGAUAUAUUAAUAAUAUAUAUAUAAAAAAUAAUUUAAAUAGAAAA